UCAACAUGUGCGGAGGUACGCCGAAGACUUCAAACAGCGCAGGAAGCCAAACAGAAAACACAAGGAAAAUUCAUGGUUCCCCUAGUAAACUGGUCAAUAGUUUUUCAAAGGCAAGGCUGAAAAAGGCUAAGAAACCCCGCUGGGCAGAAAACAGCACCAAACGUUUAAACCGAGCUACUGAAGACGUAUCCAACAGCUGGACCUGCUCAGGGUUUGACCUGAAUGAAAUCCGCUUGAUAGUAUAUCAAGACUGUGAGAGGAGAGGCAGACAGGUCUUAUUUGACUCCACAGCAGUCCACAAGAUUGAUGAGACCACUCUUCAGGAUGCCUCUGGAAAGACAUUUGGCAAGGGUGGUCAAACAAGCAAUGGGACCAAUGCUGUUUCUCCCUGCAGCCCUGCUGUGGACAAAAGACAGCAUUCAAAGGGUGACCUUCCAAAGUACCAGUAUACUAGGCCAGCUUCUGAUGUCAACAUGUUGGGAGAGAUGAUGUUUGGUUCCGUGGCGAUGAGUUACAAAGGCUCCACCCUGAAAAUCCACUACAUACGUUCUCCUCCACAGCUUAUGAUGAGUAAAGUAUUCUCUGCCAGAGUGGGCAGUUUUUCUGGAAGUACAAAUAGCUUGCAAGGCAGCUAUGAAUAUAUCAACCAAGAUGCUAAUGUAGCCAGGCUGAACUCUAAUCCAAAUGGUUUGGGCCCCUGUCGUAAUGGAAAUAAUCUAGCGCAUAGUACACCCGUUGACAUGCCUAGCAGGGGUCAAAAUGAAGACAGAGACAGUGGCAUUGCUCGAUCAGCAUCUUUGAGCAGCCUCUUGAUGACUCCACUGCCGUCUCCAAGCUCCUCUUCUAGUAGCUACCAGCGCCGCUGGCUCCGAAGUCAAACAACAAGUUUGGAAAAUGGCAUUAUUCCGAGGUGGUCAACCGAAGAAACAUUCAACAUGGCAGAUGAAAGCUGUGGCCUCAACCCUGCAAUGAUUCGAAGAAAAAAGAUAGCUCUCAGCAUCAUUUUCUCCCUGCCAGAAAAGGAAGCGGCACAGAGGGACUUCCAGGACUUCUUCUUCUCUCACUUUCCUUUAUUUGAAUCACACAUGAGCAAGCUGAAGAGCGCCAUUGAAAUGGCUAUGAUCACCUGUAGGAAAAUAGCAGAAACUAGCCAAAGAGUUCAAGUUUACAUCAGCCGUGUCAUGGAUGCACUGAGUGAAUUCAGGGUUACCGUCUGGAACUUGUUCUCAGUUCCAAGGAUUGCAGAGCCUGUGUGGCUUACGAUGAUGUCUGGUGCUUCGGAAAAGAGCCAGUUGUGCCAGCACUUCCUUAAGGAAUUCACUGUCCUGAUAGAACAGACCAGCAGAAACCAGUUCUUAGCUGCUUUGUUAACUGCCGUGCUGACCUAUCACCUGGCCUGGGUCCCUACUGUGAUGCCGGUCGACCAUCCCCCCAUCAAGGCCUUCUCUGAGAAACGGGCUUCUCAAUCUGUGAACAUGCUGGGGAGAUCACAUCCUUACAAUCCACUUUGGGCACAGCUCGGUGACUUGUAUGGUGCUAUAGGGUCUCCUGUCAGGAUGACACGGACUGUGGUGGUUGGCAAACGUAAGGAUUUGGUUCAGCGCAUACUCUACGUUCUCACCUACUUCUUACGGUGCUCUGAGCUACAAGAUGACCAGCUGACCUUGAAUGGGAAAGUCGGUGAAGAAGCACAAACCCUGAGUGGAUGUAAAAUCACGACAGCUCUAGAAAAAGGGGACAUUGAGGAAUCUGAUUAUGUGGUAGUCACUUUUAGAAAGGAACCUGCUCUUGUGCCUCCUCAUCUGCCUCAGAAGAUUACACGGCAUACCUCUGUGGGACAUGAGAGCUGCAUCGAGCCUGCAAGCUCGAUGGAAAAGCAUGAUGGAGUGAAUGUUGAGCAGAGUUCUGAGGUAUCUUCCUGUUUAUCCAACUCAGGCUCUCCUAAAGGAAUCACGGAGGAGGUGAACAAGGGUAAAACCAUAGCCAGUUCAGAAGCUAUAUUUGGAGGACGAGCUAAAUUGGAGAACUCAACUAUAGAAAUAAAUGAUGGUAACCACCGCAAGGAAAGGGACCAGCUGCUUGGCAGUGCAUCUUCUGUGCAGUUUCCUGUGAGGGUUGACCAGAGGUGCCCUCACUCGGAAAGAAUUACCUUCCAAAUUGGAAGCUCCACCUCACCAGAGUCCGAUGUAGAAAUCCAAAGAAAGGAGAUGAGUGAAACUCUGGGGAAACUCUGGAGUAAGAGCAAAUCUCUGUGCUCGGCAGCAGACUUCUCUUAUAAGCCACGUUCCAGGCAGAAAACGAGUAAAACACAAACGCCAACUGCACCUCGAGUAUUACAUCAGCAGUCUGCCCCUUCUGACAGCAAAAUCAAAACCGUACGUCUAGGAAAACUGGAGGAAGCUAAAAGUACAUGCUGUGAAAACCCAGCAAGUGGUUCUCUUAACUGUGAUGCAAAGAGUUCUGCUGAUGGGCAUGUUUCUGACCUAGUGGUUAUUGAGGAUGUCCCCUGUGGGGAUACUGGAAGGAAGCAUCCUUUCGGAAUGGAAGAGAACAUUCCUAGAAAUGAGAGCUCGGACAGUGCCCUGGGAGAGAGUGACGAUGAAGGCAGCGCGUGUAGUCCAGAUGUACAACCUCAGAGCUUGAUCACCAACUGGCCUGAGGAUCUCUCAGAAGUGGAACUUGUUUUGCCAAGAUCCAACACAAUCAGCAAUAAAAGUGUGAAACAUUUCGGACGAUCGCUUCUGGGGGGCUAUUGUGCUUCAUAUAUGCCUGAUCUUGUACUACAUGGAAUCUGUAAUGACGAGCAACUCAAGCUUCAAUUACCAGCUGAUUUGUGUCAUUCAGUAAAUCAUCCAGUACUAGAUGAGCCCAUCGCAGAAGCCCUCUGCAUUAUUGCUGAUACAGACAAAUGGACUGUGCAGGUGGCCACAAGCCAGAGAAAACUGGUGGACAAUAUGAAGCUAGGCAAGGAUGUCCUGGUCUCCAGCCAAGUGUCCUCUUUAUUGCAAUCCAUUUUACAGCUUUACAAACUUAACCUUCCUGCUGACUUCUGUAUAAUGCACCUUGAGGAUCGGCUACAGGAAAUGUACCUCAAAAGCACAAUGCUGUCAAAAUAUUUGCGAGGCCAUACAAGAGUUCACGUGAAAGAGCUUGGAGUGGUAUUGGGGAUUGAAUCCAAUGACUUGCCUCUGCUGGCAGCUAUAGCAAGUACUCAUUCUCCAUAUGUUGCUCAAAUACUCCUCUAAGCUAUCAUCUUGAAGGAAAAGUUCCCCCGGCAAAAUGAAAGGAGUUGGGGCACGGAACAGAUGCCAAGCAUGAAGAGGUGGCAAACGGAGGGCGGCACUGCAUUCUGUCGCUUAUCCGUUUUUGCAUUUUGUCUGGAUGCUUAUCAGUGGGAUUUCAGUUUACAUAAUGUAAAAGACAUUCAGGGUUUUUAUAUUCUUUGUGGAGUAAGCUAAUUCAAGAAUGCAUCUUUGUAUUUUAAUGGACAAAAGGAUUAAACGCUACUGAAACAGAACUAUCAACAGAACUUUCCAAGUAUGGUUUUCCUAUUGUUGCAUUUGUCAGUGUCUUGUUCUUUUGAAUUUUUCGAAUGGGAAGCUGUUAGCAGUUGUAUCCCUAAGCAUUCCUAUGCUCUGUUUGGAUGGGACAUGAUGAUUUGGAGCAUGUACGCAUGCAUGUGCUUUUGUGUUAUACUACUUGCCUUCCUUGGGACAACAGAUUCAGCAUUUGGAGUAACUGAUUGGUCACGCAGUUGGCUAGUUCAUAAAACAGAUAAAAGAAG